AUGUCGCUACUCACAUCAAACGAUACCACGAAGGCAAAAUCUGCCAGCUACAAGCUCAUGCCUCAGCAACAGCAUGUCGACCCUACAGCGCUGACCGCCUCAAUCAAAAUCCGUCGUAACAUCAAACUCGGUAUUUUCGGAGACAACGAACUGGACUGGAAGUCCAUUCCAACAUGGCAUGAGAACGGCCGCCCCUGGUGGAUCCUGAAUCGCAUGCCGCACCUGCGAUGUGAAUCCGACCCAGCCUAUUUUGCAACCAUCCUGGAGAGUUUCCGCCUGCAGAAGCCUGCCAUGGCUUCGAGCACGAGCUCGAACUCCGACACUAUCAUUAUCGACGGCGAGGAAAUGGUCGACAUGAUCGGAUGA